UCCCCCGCUGACGCCGCCUGCUCGGGAAGGGUGUUUGGAGGGCAGCGGCCGCCCCAAGCCGAAGCCCCGCAGCGCUGCUUAUGAUCAGCUCGGUGUGUGUCUCCUCCUACCGCGGGCGCAAGUCGGGGAACAAGCCUCCGUCCAAAACAUGUCUGAAGGAAGAGAUGGCCAAGGGCGAGGCGUCGGAGAAGAUCAUCCUCAACGUGGGCGGCACGCGACAUGAGACCUACCGCAGCACCCUGCGCACCCUGCCCGGCACCCGCCUCGCCUGGCUGGCCGACCCCGACGGCGGGGGCCGGCCCGAGCGCGCGGGCGGCGGGGCGGGCGGCGGCGGGAGCUGCGAGUUCUUCUUCGACCGGCACCCGGGCGUCUUCUCCUACGUGCUCAACUACUACCGCACCGGCAAGCUGCACUGCCCCGCCGACGUGUGCGGGCCGCUCUUCGAGGAGGAGCUCACCUUCUGGGGCAUCGACGAGACGGACGUGGAGCCGUGCUGCUGGAUGACCUACCGGCAGCACCGCGACGCCGAGGAGGCGCUGGACAUCUUCGAGAGCCCGGACGGCGGCGCGGGCGCGGGCCCCGGCCAGGAGGCCUGCGAGGACGAGCGGGAGCUGGCCCUGCAGCGCCUGGGCGCCCACGAGGGAGGCGCGGGCUCCGGCGCCGGGGCCGGGAGCUGCCGAGGCUGGCAGCCCCGCAUGUGGGCGCUCUUCGAGGAUCCCUACUCAUCCCGGGCGGCCAGGGUGGUGGCCUUUACCUCUCUCUUCUUCAUCCUGGUCUCCAUCACCACCUUCUGCCUGGAGACCCACGAGGCCUUCAACAUAGAUCGCAACGUAACUGAGAUCCACCGCGUGGGGAACAUCACCAGCGUGCGCUUCCGGCGGGAGGUGGAGACGGAGCCCAUCCUGACCUACAUCGAGGGCGUGUGCGUGCUGUGGUUCACGCUGGAGUUCCUGGUCCGCAUCGUGUGCUGCCCCGACACGCUGGACUUCGUCAAGAACCUGCUCAACAUCAUCGACUUCGUGGCCAUCCUGCCCUUCUACCUGGAGGUGGGGCUGAGCGGGCUGUCGUCCAAGGCGGCCCGCGACGUGCUGGGCUUCCUGCGGGUGGUCCGCUUCGUGCGCAUCCUGCGCAUCUUCAAGCUCACGCGCCACUUCGUGGGGCUGCGCGUGCUGGGCCACACGCUCCGUGCCAGCACCAACGAGUUCCUGCUGCUCAUCAUCUUCCUGGCCCUGGGCGUGCUCAUUUUCGCCACCAUGAUCUACUACGCCGAGCGCAUCGGCGCCAGGCCCUCCGACCCACGGGGCAACGACCACACCGACUUCAAGAACAUCCCCAUCGGCUUCUGGUGGGCUGUGGUCACCAUGACCACGCUGGGCUAUGGAGACAUGUACCCCAAGACGUGGUCGGGCAUGCUGGUGGGGGCGCUGUGUGCCCUGGCCGGGGUGCUCACCAUUGCCAUGCCGGUGCCUGUCAUCGUCAACAACUUCGGCAUGUACUACUCGCUGGCCAUGGCCAAGCAGAAGCUGCCCAAGAAACGGAAGAAGCAUGUGCCGCGGCCGCCCCAGCUGGAAUCCCCCAUUUACUGCAAGUCGGAGGAGACCUCGCCUCGGGACAGCACCUACAGCGACGCCAGCCCUCCUGCCCCGGAAGAAGGUGUGGUCGAGAGGAAACGGGCAGACUCCAAGCAGAACGGCGAUGCCAAUGCGGUGCUGUCAGAUGAGGAGGGAGCUGGCCUCACCCAGCCCCUGGCCUCUGCCCCCACCCCUGAGGAACGCCGAGCCCUGCGACGCGCCGGCACCCGUGACAGGAACAAGAAAGCCGCUGCCUGCUUCCUGCUCAGCGCGGGGGACUAUGCCUGUGCCGAUGGUAGUGUCCGCAAAGGCUGUGAACAGUCCCGGAGUCUAAACAACAUAGCAGUUGCUGCUGGAACCAGUCUGGGGCUGUCUCCACUGGCAUCGCGACACAGCUCGCCCUACCCUCAGAGAAAGCUGCUCUCCCACCCCUUCCACCCCCUCCCCAGCCCGCCGCCGGGACACUCGGCUCCGUAGCCGCAGCCAGGGCUCCCCAGCCCCGGGCACAGACAGGCACACUCACAUGCCCCAUGCUCCCUGGGGCCCAGGGCUGCCGGGCAGGAUGCAGGAGAAUUCAGGCCUCUGAGCCUCUCCUCCACAGCAGCCGGCUCCCCAAAAUGUUCAGCUCUGGAGCCUGAAAGCGAGGCAGGGAGAUUCCUCUCAGGACUUCUGCCCCACCUGCCUCCAUCUUGAGCUGGAAGUGCUGGCACCCAGGACCUUCCUCUCUGGGCACUGCUCUCUCUCAGGGUCCUGCCCAAUCACAGCAAAUGCAUAUGCAUUCCUCGUGGCCUUCAGCUAGUCACCAAACAACCUACAGUUGCACAUCUCUGUCUGUCUGUCUGUCCAUCCCACACGCAAGGAAUAAGGCUGUUCCCUUGGGGAGCCUCUGUGGUGGUGGGGGGGGUGCAUGAGCCUUAGGAGCAGUGCCGUCCUGAGGGAAGACACCUGUUCUGGUCUGCGGGCACAGGUUGGGGUGCCUGGAGUGGGAGCCCCAGACUACCUUGACAGGGGAUGCCUCCCCUCUGAGGCCCCAGGUUCAGAGGGUGACACCCAGUGGCCGCGCCAGGCCUCCCAUCUGCUCGCAGAGCGGUGGCAUCUCUCACCACGCUGCUUCCUCUGCUUCCACGACAGUUUUUCUUCGCUCUCCCGCUCCCCCAAACUCCCAGCCCUGCUUCUGAGUCACCUGCCUCUCCGCCAGCCUCUGCGCUCUGUAUUCCUGCCAGAACCGGAGACUCAUCUAAUUUCUAUAAUUAAGUGUAUUCAUUUACCUAACGAGCCUGGGGGUACAACAGGUUUGUGAGUCACUGAGUGAGCAGGGGUGCACCCUGGGCAGGGGCAGCUGAGGGAAAGUGGGGACAGAAGCCAUCCUGCCCCCCGCCUGCUCCGGGCCCAGGGAGGGCGAGGCGCAGGGGACCCCUGCUCCAAGUAGCGCCUGUGCGAGGCUCUCCAGCCCUCCCCAGCCCCGGGAGUACCUCGCGCAGACAUUUCCUGUUUCACCUGAAGGGAAUUAGACCUGACAGCGGAGUCGUGCGCCUGGCAAUUUUUAGAGUCAGAUUAUGCAACUUUGUGAGGGAAUGAUUCAGGAAGGUCCGUAUCUGCUCCUUCCAGGGUGAGCAAAGAUGGGUAUGGCAAGACAGGCUUUGGGGAGUCGGCAGGAGGCGGGGGCAUCUGGGGGCCGCCUCGGAACAUGAAUGGGAUGGAAAGAUGAGAUGGCUCGUUGUGGGGUUGGGGUUUCUGAGAAGCCUGCUCCAGGAGCAUCCCGUUCCAGUGUCGUCUUCAGCUUUGGGCAGACAGGGAAUGUCCCUUCCAGAAAGGUCUAGUCCAGGUGGGCACUGGAUUCCCCAGCCCUGCUAUUUGGUGUCCUGCUAAGGGUUGAGAAGAUACAGAGGUAGCCUCGUGACUGCCCUUCAAAAAGUGACAGGCCCCUGUGGGGACAGGGAAACCGGGGCACCCCUCCCCUCAUAGCAGGUCUGAGAGCCCAGCCACCUCUUCAUGGGACAGAUUUAGUCCUGUCCCUGCAGAGCGUCCUGACCCCAGGCCCUGGCUGUGGCCGGGACACGAUGAGCCCGGUGCCCUGAGUAGCACGGGAGCCGCUGCUGUUUUCUUCUGACUUGCCUUCCUGGUUUGGGGAACCGAGGCGGCUAUUUCUGUGGCAGCCCUCAAGUUGUCAGGAGCCCAAGUUUCCACGGCACCCACCGCCUCCUUCCCUCUCUUCCCUCCUACAGGGAUGGGCAUGCUCACGGCACCCCUAUGGUGGGCACAGAUGUCCCUGGGCGACACGUUGCAGGAGUGCCAGGCUGGAGCCCCUAGUGCCUUGGGAGGUGGCUCCCACGUGUCCCUCCUCACCCGGUGGCUUCUGUCAGGGGAGACACAGGACCUGGCCAAGGGGGCAGCUGAGGAGGCUGGACCCUCCCAGGGCCCAGGAAAGGACAAAGUGAGCCUUGGCAUUUACAGCUGCCUGCUGUGCACUGGGCUCUGCUUGCACAGGCCUCAGGCUCACCCAGGCCAUCAGCCUCCCUGCUCCUGGGAAGGUCCUUCUUCUCACCCACAAUCUGCUUUACCUUGGAUCUAGACGUAGGCCUGUGGGCAUAUGUUUGACUUCUGGAAGUCUUUCUCACACAGCAGGGGCCUGCCCCUCUUCAGAACAGGGGAGCGGCCCAGGUAGAAGUGGUUAACUUACUUCUAGUGGUACCAGGGCUACUGACAACCACAGAGGCCUCUUCUCACCCCCUCAGGCUCCUGAGAGGUUGUGGCUCUGAGUUGGAACUAGAGGGCAAAUACCUGUUUAGCCAAGAGCCCAGAGGAAGUCAAAUGGGAGGUUGCAUCCCUGCCCGAAGACUGGGGCUCCUGGAGGUACCCUGGGGCUGGACCGCCCUUUCAGAGCUCCCUGGGAGAGAGGACCUCCUCUGUCCUGGCCAGUAUCACGCUCUGAAAUCUUGUGUUAGCUGCUUAGUUUCCCGCACUGGGAAGGUCAGAGAAGGGAUAGGCCACUGAUAACUCAGGCUGAGGAUGGGAUGCCACAAUGGGUUCUCUGGGUUGGGUUUCUCAGUAAGAUGCUAUUUUCUGGCCUCUCCUGACAUGGCCACAUUCAUCCUCCCUGACCUUCCCUGUCUGCAUUCCCCUGCUAGCUGCUGAGACUCAGUUCCUGCCAGCUUGAGGGAGGGGGGCUGGGCACGGCAUGGUGGCAGACUCCAGAGCCUCCUUUACCCACUCUGGGCCAAUAGACUAGCCCCUGGUGGUGAUGGCAGGUGGUGCUAUGUCAGGGGAGUCCGAGUUGGGCAGAAAGGGGUCUAGGGACCGCCUGUGGGCUACAGUCUAUACCAAGCACCUUACCAUUGCCUCCAUGCCAGGCUGCAGCACUAUGGCCUCUCUUCCCUUCACAUUGGACCUUUGAUCACCUGGGGGCUAGUGGGUCCUGAAGCUCAUUACCUGAGCAGGUGUGGAGAUGAGCUGUCACAUCACCUAGGAGACACCUUGGCCCACUGCUGGGUCAGCAGAGGGGUGAUGAAGGGGCUCAACCCAUCCCUGCCCCAUCCCUGCUCUUCUGGCCUCCUAGCCCUGGGCCCCCAUGUUUCCCAGCCCUGCUCCUGGCCUGCUCCUUAGCCCACAUCCUGUGGGCUGGUAGCUGGCUUCCUUCUAAUGUCUUAUUCUUUGUUUCUCCCUCUCUUUUGCUGAACCCCUUGUCCCCACCCCCCCAACCCCAGAAGGCAGUGUUGAGCCGAAAGCGUGCGUCCCAGUGUCUCACACCUGUGCUCU